AUGAGCCUCGACUACACCACCGUCAGCGGCACCUGGACCGCCCCCAACCCCGACACGGCCGGCGGCGCGGACUACACGCUGGUCCUCAACGCCCUGCAAAGCUGCAGCCUCACGGGGUCCAUGACCGCCGUCUCCCCAAACACACACGUCGAGACCGCCAUCACGCUGCAGGGCCGCAUCGACCCGGGGGUGCGGCCCAGCGCCGGGCCGGACGCCGGGUACGCGCUCGGGUGGGUGCUCGCGCCGCGCGUGGAGACGGGGCUCGAGCACUCGACGACCAUGUGGAACGCGCUGUACUUCCCCAGCACACAGCGCAUCGUCGCGCAGUGGGUCGUCGUCGCGAGCACGACGCCCGGAGAGGCGUGGGGGAGUGCGAACGUCGGCAGCGUCGUGUACACACGUGGCCGCACAGGGCUGAGUAAGCAGGAGGCCGCGCAGACGGAGGAGCAGCACGUGACCGACGUCCCGGCCGAGAUGCUGAGGUCGGAUCCGGAGGCAUCGGAUCCGGAGACCGCGGCCGCGGCGCUGGACUACACCCGGUUGAAGGGCACGUGGUACAACGAGCUCGGCUCGUGGAUGCUGCUCUCGGCGUGGCCCCAAGGCUCACUCGUCGGCCUGUAUAACUCGAAAAAGGGCGAUGCCUCUGCGGCGUACGAGCUGCGCGGCCGGUUCGACGUGUCCGCGCCGGUUGCCGAGGGCAUGGGCCUGUCGUUCGGGUGGGCCGUUGGGUGGAACAACGCCGCGCACGGGGACUCGUACUCAGCGAGCACGUGGGUGGGCCAGCUGUUCCUCGGCCCGACGCCGGAGGAUGAUGUCAUCACGACGCAGUGGCUGCUCGGCGUGAGCACGGCGCCGGAGAAGAUCUGGGCGGCGACGAUGCUCGGCGGAGACGUGUUUACCCGCGGCGCGCCCAAGGCUGCGUUGGCGGCGACGGUGCCUAGGGUCAGCGUGCUCGCACACCCUAGCAUCGACAAGAUUGUCGAGAAGGGCGAGGCGAUCGCGAAUAUGUAA